AUAGCCUCCUCGCCUGUUGUGACAAACGGGCAGCUUUAACCGGCCAUUUGUGGAUUUAUGUAAAAGUGUCAGAGGCUCAUGAGAGCGAGGGGACGUGAAUUUGGCAUACGUUCAGGCAUCGACCGGGACCACCUAUACAGUCAUGAAGUCUUUCUACGUGCUUGCCACAUUGCUGUGGUGUUUAAUGACAAGUUUCUCCUGGGCAGCUAAGAUCGUGGUGGUUCCUCCUAUUAUGUUUGAGAGCCAUUUGUAUAUUUUUAAGACCCUGGCUUCUGCUCUCCACGCCGAUGGCCAUGAAACAGUCUUUCUAGCCUCUGAAGGUCGUGAGAUCCCACCAUCCAACCAUUAUCGUCUCCAGCGCUACCCUGGAAUCUUCAACAGCACCUCUGCUGAUGACUUUCUCCAAUCAAAAGUCCGCAACAUCUUCUCAGGUCGUUUUACAGCACUGGAGCUUUUUGACAUCUUGGAUCACUAUUCUCAAAAUUGUGAUGCCGUUGUUGGGAGUGCUUCCGUCAUGGAACAGUUAAAACGUGAACAAUUUGACCUUUUACUUGUUGACCCCAAUGAGAUGUGUGGCUUUGUCAUAGCUCACAUCCUGGGUGUCCAGUACGCAGUGUUCAGCACAGGACUGUGGUACCCUGCGGAAGUUGGGGCACCAGCACCCCUAUCUUAUGUCCCUGAAUUUAACUCACUACUAACAGACCGUAUGCCAUUGUUGCAGCGGGUAGCUAACACAGCAGUGUACCUCGUUUCCAGAUUUGGUGUACAGUUCCUGGUGCUACCAAAGUAUGAUCGCAUAAUGAGAAAAUACAACGUCCAGCCAACAGUGUCCAUGCAUGAUCUGGUUCAGAACAGUCAACUCUGGAUGUUGUGUACUGACAUGGCUUUGGAGUUCCCAAGACCCACUCUCCCACAUGUUGUUUAUGUAGGGGGCAUCCUCACCAAACCACCCAGCCCAUUGACACAGGAGUUUGAAGCCUGGGUGAAGGACACAGAUGAACAUGGUUUCGUUGUGGUGUCGUUUGGUGCAGGAGUGAAGUAUCUGUCAGAUGACAUUGCUCAGAAACUUGCAGGAGCCUUGAGCCGUCUACCCCAGAGAGUCAUCUGGAGGUUCUCUGGAGUUACUCCAUUCAAUCUUGGCAACAAUACUAAACUUGUGGAGUGGAUGCCACAGAAUGACCUGUUGGGCCAUAGAAACACACGGGCCUUCUUGAGCCACGGGGGCUUGAACAGUAUUUAUGAGGCCAUGUAUCACGGUGUGCCCGUGGUGGGUGUUCCACUGUUUGGAGAUCACUAUGACACCAUGACGCGGGUUCAGGCCAAAGGCAUGGGAAUAAUGCUGGAGUGGAAAAGAAUGAGCGAGGAAGACCUUUAUACUGCCAUGGUUAAUGUCAUUACAGACACAAGGUAUCGUGAGCAAGCACAGUUGUUGUCUCAGAUUCAUAAAGAUCAACCUGGUCAUCCUGUAAAUCGAGCGGUUUACUGGAUUAGCUAUAUACUCCGUCACCAUGGCGCUAAACACCUCCGCUCUGCAGUAUACGAGAUCUCCACCUACCAGUACUUCUUAUUGGACGUUGCUGUGGUGAUAGGAGUGUGCCUGGUUCUCAUCUGUUACUGCCUAUACCGAAUAGGCAAGUUCAUCCAGUCAUGGCUGGGGCUUGGUUCAACUCCAGUGGAGAAGGUUAACGGGCACUGUCAUAAUGGAAUUCCAAACGGAAAUCACAAAAGAAAUGGCCAAGUUAAAAGUAUGGAGAAGAAACUAAAGUGAAAAAGCAAACAAACAACAACAACAACGACGACAACAGAACAGUAGGAUAAAUAAAACUAACGCUUUACUAAAGAAAGUAACUACUCUUUACUUAGAACAGGGCCUAUCCAGGAAAUAAACACAUGGGUCAGUAAACAAAGAAACAAACCAACUAGAAUAACCAGCUUCUGGAAGUGGGAAGCCAAAGAAAGGAACGAAAGCAGAAAGCAUAUAUGGAUAACUCCUGAAUAUUGAGUUUUUCCUUGUGAAGUGAGCGUUAGAUUUGAUGACUGUGGGGCAUCAGGUUUUACUACACAUCCAAAUACAGAGAUUUACAUCUAUUUAUUUAUGCAACUAUAAUUAAUUUUUGGGAAAAUUACAUACUUAUUUGGUGCGCAGAGCACUGUCUAAUGUUGUGCACUGAAUUUUAAUUUAUGUUCUGUAUUUAUGUCUCACACUCCGUCCACACUUUGUUUUCAUUUUCAGCCAUUCGCCUGAGGCUAACAAUGCUAGCUGCAAAUUCGCUAAUUUUUAUGUUGCCGGCCUUGCUCUAAUCUUUGAAGUCUAGCACAUGUUGCUAACUUAAAACUGAAUUGCUUGUAAGCAAUAAAAUCGUCACUAGCUUCUAGUUAGCUGUUAAUGCUGCUAGGAAAUUCAACGAGAAUAGCUGUUAAAAGUAGAAAUCCUGCUUCCAUUUAUGAUAAAUGUGGGAUGCGGGUUGGUUGACUAACAUUCCUAGAUUAUCCUUGCCACUUUUCCCCAUUAGUUUCUUUGUUUUGUUGUUCUCAGCUAACAUUAUCAACUGUAGUUUUUCUUUAGACGUUUCUCUUCACACGUGAGUCCUAUUUGUAUAGUUAUGCCAUUUUACCUGUAAUAUUGUUUUGCUUCAUGGAUGUUUAGGUUUUGAAGUUUGAACCCUUUCUCAGUACAUUUCUUAAUUAAUUCUUUACUGUAUGGUUUAUUUUAUUAAGAGGACCUUUACAUUUUUCUAAACAGUGUGAGGGGAUGCAUUCGUGUCUCAAAAUGUCCCAAAGAGACUACAACUUUUUGUUAACUGACCUGGAGACACUAGACUAUUUGUCAAUCGAAUGCGUAUCAGAGGUGUGUUGAAAUCAAAGUAACUAACAUGUUAGUUUGCUAACAUGCCCUACCACCUUCCCACACAUCAAUAGACCUGGUGUGACCUGGAGUAUUUAGGUACUGUAACUAACAUUACCCAUGGUGCUCUACUGGGUCUUUUAAAUGUGAUCCAUUUUCAUCAAAGGAAGUUCUGUGAAAAGCAACAUUUCUGGUAACAUUUCACUCUAACAUUUGGUUGUUUAACUUUUCUUUUACCAUAAUGAACGCCUCAAAUCAGGUGCUUUGAUAGUCUAUGGCAAUAGACAGAACCUCUGCCAAGUUUUUGUGCGUUAAAGUGCAUUCUCACACAGAGGUUUUAUUUAAAACAUUGCCAUUGGGCAAUCUGAUAAGAGAAUCAUAUGCUGAUUUUACAACUGAAUGUUGGACUGCAGUGUUACCAAUAACAGUCUCACAUUGGUAGUGUAUGAUUGUUUAAAUGCACCAAAACAUUUGAAACUGACACUUGAUUAAUGGAAAUUGUUUUUUAUCAAAUUUGAUCACCAAUUGGUACCUUCCAGUGAAAUUCUUACGUAUGACAACAUGUUUUGAAAGGAUUUUAACGUCUUAUAAAAGGAUUAUAAGAAUAUGAACUUGUGUAAAAUUACCUAUAGAAGGAAUUGUUAGCUGUUGUAGAUGAAGGCCUAUCACACUUGGACAAUGUGAUUUUAGGAUGCUGGGUUCUAACUCUUUAGAGUUUAACAGUUAUAGUACACUGUUAAGGAUAUGACGUCAACACCUGCGUCAACACUUUAUAACACACAGCAGGGUCCAUAAGUCUGUAUAUUACAUUUGUCUAAUUUAAUAUUUACAUUAUCAGAUGAAAUGUUGCAUUUAAUUAAGUUGAAUUUCAGAAUUUCUUAGUAUUCGGUAUGUCCCCUUUUGCUUUAAUGACCCCUUGCACAAGUGCUGGGAUGGACUCGACAGCUUUAUGGAAAACCUAAUGAUCCAUGUUAUCCCAGCAAGAUUUGAAAAUGCUCCAAUGAGCGUCAUUGUGAUGUUAUUGAAUGCUUGGGUUUGCUGACCUUACAUUACAAUACAAAGGAGGAGUUACCAUGGUCAGUAUCACAAAUGUGUAUACAACUUAGUAGUGACUUAGAAAUGACAUUUCUAAUCCAGUUUACAUACAACUUAAGGCCUAUAUAUUUCAAAAUUCUAAAGCUAUUAUUUUUCAUGUUCAAGUGAAAUUUGAAAUCCUAGACUGUUGGACUCUCAUUGUGGAGAAUUUGGACCCCACUUUAUAUUUGAGCCAGUAGGCAUUUUGUGUUGCAUUAUAAAGAGAUUGUACUGUAGAUGUUAUCAGUUCUUGUAAAGUGUGUUAUAAUACAUCACAACUGCACUAUCAAGUUUCACCACUAUUCAUACAUUUUUUUUUGUCUGUCGGUCAGAUCCCAGAUACAAAACAGUCAAUGGCAUAGAAAAGUACCAACGCCACAAUUCAAAACCAUAACAAGCAUAAGGAAGAUUCAUUGAAGGCAUAAUGAUAUGAAACUCUUUUUACUACGAGGUUUAAUGCAUUUGUACAGCCAAGCAGCGUUGAAGACUGUCCAUACUUGAAAUUGCACCUGGCUGCAAAUGCAUCAAAGCUAUGACUGGUGAAACAGUGACGUACGCUCACACACUUUAAAGAUUAGAAUUGUUUUUAUUUUGUUUGUUUUGUAUGAUUUUUCAGUAUUAAUAUUAGAUGGUUAACAACAGAGGAACAGGCUGCAAAUGGGCUCUAACAUUAAAGACUGUGUGUGUGUGUGUGUGUGUGUGUGUGUGUGUGUGUGUGUGUGUGUGGUUUUAAGUGAUUGUAAGCAAGUGAUUUCCUACAGUAUGUUGAUGUGGAUUUGUAUAAGCUUGAAUGGGGUUGCUUGAGCCUGUUUGUGUCUAGCUUUUACUUUAUAUACUGAUUUUCAUUCCAAUGCUAGUUCACCAACAUUAAUUCCUUUCAUUGCCGCUCAUUUUCUUUUUCUUGACCAGUUCCUUGUUUCUUGUAGACGUAAUUGUUUUUUUUUAUUUCAUAAUGAUUUCAAAGUGUCUUUCACGUGUGUAAGUGUUGUCAUGUACAUAUAAAGACAAACAAAAAUACUAAUGUUAAAUAAACAUUACAUAUUUUGUUUGCUAAUGCCUGCUUUCUGAUGAUUCUUCCUUGAUUGUCAUGUAAGUUAACCUGAACACCAAAGGAACUUCAGUGAGCCUAGUCUGAAAGCUCCACUACCCUGAAGUGGUUUGACUCGUUUUUUUGUUUUCCCAUGACCUCAUUGAUGGGUCAUGAUGGCAACCCUCAUUCUGAGAAAUUCUUGUACAUGUUGCUAUCAAAUUGCCAGACUUCGGUCACUCACUGCUAUACUGUGAUGAAAUGUCAUGAGGAGCCUUGAAAACCUGGCAUCGCUAAAUGAUCUGUCUUUUUGUAGUGCUGUGUGUGUGUAUGCCUGACAAUGUUAAUCUAACAUGUGCAGUUAUGUUAGAAUGCUAAUAUCAUAUGCCUAUUUUUCACAUAUGUUGAAUGUUACUGUCUUUGUCGCCUGCUGUUUCAAAUUACUAUUUUUCAAAAUGGUAAUAAUAAUAAUAAUAAAAUUGAUUGAUUUACUUUUGAUUAUUAUGAAGGAUUAUUGUCGGCCAAUCCCAUCUCUAAAACAAGUCCAAGCCCUAAAAGGCAAGUACAAACAAAACUAUCUAACUGGCUGGUCACAUUACAUGUCAGUCAGACAAUCUCUUUACUAAGUGGACAGUUCAUUGAUUCACGAGAUUAGUUACCAUCUUGCCAAGACCCUAUUGAUAUAAGAUGACAUCAAUGCAAAACAAUUGUUCCGUUCUCAACAUGGAUCCUGUUGUAAUUGAAGAACACAACCUCAUUUUGCAAACCUUGGUGGAAUCUUGUUGCUGCAAAUGACUGAAUGUAAAGAAUGUUUUAUAAUGCGUUGAUCAAAAUAAUCUGAUGCAUUCUGAGCAAUAAAAACAGCUUUUUUGCUUAAUCGCUGAUUGCUGGAGGAGAUGGGGGAGUGUA